UUUAAUACUCCCCCAGCUUGUGGGUUUGUGUUGGGAAGGAGCUGUGGGCAGUAAGAGACCCCAAACUGGGGGGGUGUUGAUCUGUGACCCCUAUGUGGGCUCCUGUGAGGUGGGGGAGAGGCAGCUUUUUCGGUGGGGCUGGGGUCGAUCCCCUGACCCUCCUUGUGCCCCAAGGGGACUGGGGUUUGGGGGGGGGGGGGGGUUGGCCAUGGAGCCCCGCUGCACCGCCAAGCCGCCAGGGGGCGCUAUCCCCCGCGCGGCGCCCGGCCCCGCGCCUCUCUUGGCGGCGGUGCCGCCGCGCAGGCGCAGUGAGGGGAAGGGGCGCGAUGGCGGAGGGCCCGCGGCCGAAGAGGAAGCGGGAGGAGGAGGCCGGGGCCGCGCCCCACGGCGGGACCGUCACCGCCCCCUUCCCCCUGGCGGAGCUGCGCCUGCGGCGUGUGCUGCGGGAGUCGGCGAGGGACAAGGCCGUGUUCCUGCACGGGGAGGUGACCAGCCCCUCCGGAGAAGGAACAGAUGCCGUAGUCAUCCUGGAAAAGACUCCUUUCCAGGAGGAGAAGGUAUCAGACCUGCUGAAGAAGCACACGAAGCUGGACCUGCAGAUGCGCAAUGAUAUUUAUAGCACGUACCAUCUCUAUCCUCCUGUGGAGCUGAGUGAGAUAAAAACCACAGUAGUGUACCCCGCCACGGAGAAACACCUUCAGAAAUACCUUCGUCAAGAAGUGCACCUCAUCCGUGAAACCUGGGAGGAUUACAAGAACAUAACGCUGCCCUUCAUCCAGUCCCAGAGCUUCAGCAUCCAGUGGGUGUAUAAUAUCCUGGAGAAGAAAGCUGAGGCUGAUCGAAUCAUCCAUGAAAACCCAGAUCCUUGCAAUGGCUUUGUUCUAGUUCCAGAUUUUAAGUGGAAUCAAAACCAGCUGGAUGACCUCUACCUGAUAGCCCUCAUUCACCGCCGGGAAGUCAAGUCACUUCGGGACCUCACCGCUGAGCACAUCCCACUGCUGAGGAACAUCUUGCAAGAAGGCAAGGAGGCUGUAGUGAAGCACUUCGGCGUGCCUGGAUCCCAGUUGCGUAUCUACCUGCAUUACCAACCCUCCUACUACCACCUGCACGUGCAUUUCACUGCCCUGGGCUAUGAUGCCCCAGGCAGCUCCGUUGAGAGAGCCCAUCUCCUGGCAGACGUGAUUGACAACCUGGCGAUGGACUCCAUGUACUACCAGAAACGGGCUUUGACCUUCGCCCUUCGGGCUGAUGAACUUCUGUUUAAGAAAUUCCAGGAGGCAGGAAGAGUGUGAACUGGCAGAGGCGCUUUUGUAUUUUUUUUAUUUUUCAUAAAUGCCCGUUUUUGGGUUUUUUUUAAAGGUUUUGGUGCUUUUAUUUUUUUUAAUUCUGAUUUUGUACAAAUUGGGGCUGGCGGCCCAUUGCUAUGGAAACCAUGUCUUCUGCUCAAGUCAAUUAAAACAUUAAGAUUGAGUAA